AUGGCCCAAGCAAACGGUAUCCCCGUCCCGAACAGCCACAACUUCCCCCCUGUCCGGGCCUGCAUCUUCGACAUGGACGGCCUCCUGAUCGACAGCGAGGACGCCUACACGCGCGUGACCAACACGAUCCUGCGCGAGAACAACCGGCCCGACCUCCCCUGGUCGAUCAAAGCGCAGCUACAAGGCCGCCCCGGCCCCGCGGCAGGCAAGAUCUUCCACCAGUGGGCGCAGCUGCCCAUGUCGCGCGACGAGUUCUUCACCCGUCAGGCGGAGCUCCAGGCCGAGGAGUUCCGGCACUGCAAGCCCCUCCCCGGCGUGGCUUCGCUGCUGGGCAAACUGAGAAACGCUCACACGAAAAGCACCACAGGCAGCGGGCUGUCCCCCGGCCGCGGCGGGCGGAAAGUCCACAUCGCGCUGGCGACGAGUUCGCACCGCCGGAACUACGAGAUCAAGACCGCAGCGAUGACGGACCUGUUCGCCACGUUCCCGCAGCGACAUAUCAUUCUUGGUGACGACCCCCGCAUUCCCAAGGGGCGGGGCAAGCCGUUGCCGGACAUUUAUCUCCUCGCGCUGCAGAGCGUGAAUGAGACGGUCGCCGCCGAGGGGGAAGGCGAGAGGCCGAUCGCGCCCGAGGAGUGUCUGGUGUUCGAGGACAGUGUGACGGGCGUGGAGGCCGCCAGGCGGGCGGGCAUGCGCGUCGUGUGGGUGCCGCAUCCGGGGUUAUUGAACGUGUAUGCCGGGCGGGAGGAGGACGUGUUGGCAGGCCGAACGGGCGAGCACAAGGAGGACGAUAUAGAUCACACCGAGGGCAUCCCUUUUGCGGGGAGUCCCGGGCAGCCCGGCGAGAUCAUGGACGGGUGGGCCGAGUUGCUGCCCUCGCUGGAAGUGUUUGACUAUGAAAAGUAUGGUAUCGAGGUCAGUGAUGCAAGGUAUGUCUCGGAGAACGGCCAGUCCGCGGUCAAGGGCACGACGGAUAAAGAGCUGGAAGAGAUGACGGCGCUAGCGGACGGCAAGAGGCAUGCGGCCGAGGAGCCAUCGUCGAUGUAUCUUCCCAAGAUGAGCCUGUGA